UAGUUUUUUGGAAUGCUACUGAGUGCAAUUUCCCUAUUUUUAAUCCAAUCAGUCUAUCAAAACAACAGCACAAAAAGAAAAAGAAUAAUGGUUGAACAAAAGAGAUUCGCUGUGUUUCUCGCUACGUCCGAUUCAGCGUUCGUGAAGAAGACGUACGGAGGUUAUUUCAACGUGUUCGUUUCCACAUUCGGGGAAGAAGGAGAGCAAUGGGAUCUCUUCCGAGUGAUCGACGGCGAGUUUCCGGAGGAGAAAGAUCUUGAUAAGUACUAUGGAUUCGUUAUCAGUGGAAGCCUCCAUGACGCUUUCGGUGACGCCGACUGGAUCGUUAAGCUUUGUUCGCUUUGUCAAAAACUUGACGGCAUGAAGAAGAAGAUUCUCGGUAUCUGCUUCGGCCAUCAGAUACUAUGUAGAAUCAAAGGAGGGAAAAUCGGAAGAGCGAGUAGAGGUGCAGACAUGGGGCUAAGAAACAUAACAAUGACUACAGACGCAGUGAAACCAGGUGGUUUCUUGGGAGAGAAGACUCCGAAUUCAUUAGCCAUUAUAAAAUGCCAUCAAGACGGAGUUUUGGAGCUCCCUGAAUCAGCUACACUGCUUGGUUAUUCAGACAAAUGCAACGUCGAAAUGGCCUCCUUCGGGAAUCAUUUCCUCAGCAUCCAAGGCCAUCCUGAGUACAACAAAGAGAUUCUUUUCGAGAUCAUUGACCGCCUCGUUGAUAGAACCGUAUUUUAUAAACUACGGAUUACUGAAUAUUGUAAAAAAUAAAAAUGAUAAAACUAUACCAAAGAGUAAGAAAAAGGAUGAUACAACUGCAGAGGCGAGAUAUUAUCUCUUUCCUUAACUCAAAAUACGUCCCGUAGUGCGACGGUUCGAUAACGUAAUGAGUCCCAGGAUACAACUGCAAACAAUCUUCUGAAUUUGCGUCACUCUAUCAGAAGCCUGGCGAAACUAGUUUUGUGUUGUACUCUCAGACACAAGAAAUAAAAAAUACUAACAUAACUUUUCAAUAUGGGAGAAUGUGGUUUUUUCUUUUGCUAUUGAUGUGUAUCUGCUUUCUAUCAUGCUAACAAGCCAUUUAUAUAGAAAAAUAAUGAGAAGC